GCCCUGGACUGUGGAGGAGCAUGGCCGAGGAAGCGCGGACAGCUGGGGUUGUUCAGAAAAUGGUAUCCGUGAUUGGGGUUCCCAGUCUGGCCAGCAAUGUGUGGAGCUAUGUGGACAACACAAUAAGGUGGGGCUGGAUUCCCGACUGGCUGCCGACGUGGUGUCCCACCUCCCUGAGCCAUCUGCAGGCUGCAGAGGAAAACAUGCUGCAAUGUAUCAGGACUGCUUUUACCAGGCAGCUGAUCCCCAUCUCCGGGGGCAACGUUCUGUGGACCCUGAUAUUCAGCAGCGCUGGUGUAGAAGAUAAAACCCCCAUGGUCCUGCUGCACGGCUUCGGAGGGGGCGUGGGUAUGUGGGCUCAUAACCUGGAGGCUUUCUCGCGCCGCCGGCCCGUCUUUGCCCUGGACGUGCUGGGCUUCGGUCGGAGCAGCAGACCGCCCUUCCCCACGGACGCCCAGGCAGCCGAGGAGCAGUUUGUGGAUUCUCUUGAGCAGUGGAGGGUUAAAGUGGGCCUGGAGUCCAUGAUACUGCUGGGACACAACCUGGGGGGCUACCUGGCUACGUCGUAUUCUAUUAGAUAUCCAGGCAGAGUGAAACACAUCAUCCUGGUGGAGCCCUGGGGUUUCCCUGAGGGUCCGGACACGGCUGAGGCGGACCGGCCCUCCCCGGUGUGGGUCAAAGCCCUGGGCGCUGCGUUCCGCCCCUUCAACCCGCUGGCCGGCCUGCGGCUGGCAGGACCGCUGGGUCCCACUCUGCUCCAGGCCCUGAGGCCUGAUUUCAAGAAGAAGUUCUCCUCCCUGUUCAAAGACAACACCGUAUCCGAGUACAUCUACCACCUCAACGUGCAGUGGCCCAGCGGAGAAGCAGCCUUUAAGAACAUGACCACGUCGUGCGGCUGGGCCAGGAGGCCCAUGCUGCAGAGGGUGGCCCAGCUGGAGCCCGCCGUCUCCAUCACCAUCAUCUACGGCUCUCGCUCCAGCCUCGACAGCAGGGCAGCCAAAACCAUCAAGGAGCUCAGGCCGCGCUCCAGUCUGGAGGUCAUCACGAUCUGCGGAGCGGGACACUACGUGUACGCCGACCAGCCCGAGGACUUCAACCUCAAGGUGGUGCUGGUGUGCAACAAGGUGGACGCCAAGCUGAGGUCGGCGUAGCUCACGGACACUUACACACCUGGCCGGCAUCACUUCCUCCGCCGCAGCGAGGCCUCAACACCACACUUCCUCAGGGAAGAAGGAGGAUGAGUGUUUUUAAAUAUGGGUUUAUGAGGUUUGACUCACGUGUGUCAUGUUAGUGAUUCAUGUUGUGAGAAGCCGGAAUGACAUCAACAGACGACCGCGUCAUCACUGAAGCAUUAGUUAGAACGUUGUAUUGUUACAGCUCGGUGGAGAAGGAGCCUGUUUCCAGUCCAUGUUUCAUUUUCAUUUUCAUUUCAUUUAUUUAUUUAGCACAAUUUUUUUUUCAAAACCAAAGGGUUCCACUCCCAUCAACAAGGCAUGUUUAUUUGUACAGCACAAUUCAACACAAGGUCAUUCAAAGUGCUUUACAUCAACAUUAAAAGUGGCAAGACACAAUUAAACAGUAAAUAACAAAUAAAAUGAAAUAAAAUGGUAAGAAAAGAGGUAAAAUGGUAAAAAGCACAAGUUGUUUAAGAAUGAGGGCAGUAGAAUACAGCAGGUAAGUAUUUAAUUUAGGAGUAAGCUUCAGUAAACGGUAAUGUUUUUAGGCCUGAC